GCUGACGCCGGGGCGGCGGCCGUCGGUGGAGCCGGCCGGUGGCUGCGCGAUGCUGCAGCUGCGGGACACGGUGGACUCGGCGGGCACGAGCCCCACGGCGCUGCUGGCGGCCGGCGAGGAUGCGGGCGCGGGCCGGCCGGGGGCGGGCACGCCGCUGCGCCAGACGCUGUGGCCGCUGAACGUUCACGACCCUACACGCCGCGCCCGCGUCAAGGAGUACUUCGUGUUCCGCCCCGGCACCAUCGAGCAGGCGGUGGAGGAGAUCCGCGCCGUGGUACGGCCCGUGGAGGACGGCGAGAUCCAGGGGGUGUGGCUGCUGACCGAGGUGGACCACUGGAACAACGAGAAGGAGCGGCUGGUGCUGGUCACCGACCAGUCGCUGCUCAUCUGCAAAUAUGACUUCAUCAGCCUUCAGUGCCAGCAGGUGGUCAGGGUGGCGCUCAGCGCGGUAGACACCAUCUCCUGCGGAGAAUUCCAGUUUCCUCCGAAGUCGCUCAACAAGCGAGAAGGCUUUGGGGUUCGCAUUCAGUGGGACAAGCAGAGCCGCCCUUCUUUCAUCAACAGAUGGAACCCCUGGUCUACAAACAUGCCCUAUGCCACCUUCAUAGAACACCCGAUGGCUGGCAUGGAUGAGAAAACAGCAUCUCUGUGCCAUUUGGAAAGCUUCAAGGCUCUCCUAAUCCAGGCUGUCAAGAAAGCGCAGAAGGAAAGCCCACUGCCAGGGCAGGCGAAUAACGUGCUGGUGCUGGAGCGGCCCCUCCUCAUCGAGACCUACGUGGGGCUCAUGUCCUUCAUCAACAACGAAGCCAAGCUGGGCUACUCCAUGACCAGGGGCAAGAUAGGCUUCUAGACAGCUGCGCCCCAGGACACCAAGGCAGUGGGGACUCGGUGUGCCACCUCACACCCCCACUGUGGCUGGAGGGAACAAGGGCACUGUCCUGUUGUGUUGUGUCCAGUUAGAAUAGUCAAGUGGAUUAUGUAUAUUUAGUUGGAUACUGGACACCUUGGCAACACAAUCUUACGAAGGCAGACUUGGGUGCCCCCGUACCACUGUGUUCCCGCUGUAACGCCACGUUCUCCCUCCAGCAUGCUGCGCACAGUGUCCCCGCCCACCGCCGCUGUGUAGACUGUUGGAUACAGCUGAGUGCAGUGAGCGGCUUCUGCACAUGCACAUUUAUUAACUCUCCCCGUCAAGUGCUGUGUUUUAAAGUUCAGACCAUUUUUUUAAAAAGCCAAAUACAACAGCAGACAGGUCACUAAGAAAGACAGUCUGCCUGGCAGCUCCUAGAGAACCUACCUUCUUGUGAAUAUGUUUGACUUAGAAUCACACUUUAUAAAUUAAUCCAGGUUGUAUUAAUACAGCAAUUUUCCUAGGCCCAGAAGGUUACUCUCAUAACUAAGCUAGCCCCUUCGGAAGUCGUGGUGGUGGGUUUCUAUCAUCCUGUCUCUGUUUAAAAGGGACUCAGUGGUUGGGUUUUAAGAGUGCAUGCCUGUACGCAGACGAGCGUCCUGGAGCUCGCUGAGAGCACCGCUGAGUUUGACGCCAGCUGCACAGCUUACCACUGUAGCUCUAGCCUCGCAUGUGCACUGUAGAUGCCGGCCUGCCACUUUAUACCUGUAGCUUUAAGUUAACUGGCAUGGAUGUGACCAGGCUGUCACGGCCUGUCCAAGAGGAGGGGUGACCUCACAUGCACCUGUCUUCAGUCUGUGCUUCUGUUCUAGUAAAGACAUUUAAAACCAAA